CCUUGGAAUCAUGCAUCGGUCUAUUUCUGCGGCCAUUGGGGUAGCACGGCAUGGUGACACCAAGCUCUUCCAAUCGAGCCUCCCGUCGAGACAAGCCAUGUGCGUCAGCUGUGCUACGUAUAUGCCAUCAUCUGGUCAGCCGAACUUUUUACUUCUGUGGCCCAAGUGCAGGCCAAUCUUGGUGCCAAAAGCAACUGCUAGUCUUGAAUUCGAAUGUUUGUUCAUAUGAGAGGUCCUACAGGCAUAUCCACCAGCGCAAACAGACUUCAAAGUCCCCAACGCAUGUCUUGGACGAGGUGCAAUCACCUCAAGAUAUCAGACACCUCUUCCACGAAGACAAGUCGGUGGCCAGGUAUGUAACGGAAGACUCACAGUGUCACACCGGUCCCAUUCCCCGAAGCGAAUCAACGUCACAUGGCGGCGAGCACCACCACGAGAUGUCACGAUAGGUCACAGACCGCACUCAAGCAUGCGGUGCUCUCGGAAUCACGGACUUGAUACAGGCCCACGACGGUAAGAAUUCUCGACGAGCCCGUGAGCCGCUUAGCCUUUGUUCCCGCCACCAUCGCGGAUAGGGCAGAUCAGGCCAUGCUACCUUGACCAGGAAUGACGAGAUAAGAACGCGGACGACAGGGUCAUUCGCGAGCAGCCUCUGCGGGAAGCACGUCCACGGGCAAAUCUAUGGAGUCAAGAUAAAUCGCAUAUAGUGAUGCGAAGUCUCAGCGCACACCAGAUACAUGGUAUAUUCUUCACCAUGACUAUCCAUGCAGAUGACCCCUGGACAUCGAGGCCGUGUAAUGUGUUGUUCAAAGCGCAAGAAACAGGUACAUCCCUCCAAUGCGCAAGGGUAACGACCUGCAGAAGCGCGCGGCAGCCACUGCCGGGUUUGAGAAAGCCUCAAUCACUCCUAUGCCUGCGUGGAUGCACGGUUCCCCCCCAAAAAGACCAUUUCAAAUACCUCAUCAUGGGCUUGCUGUAGAUGUUUCGCCAUGGCGUGCCUCGUCGUCCACCAAACAGUCUGAGAAUGCAUGAGACAUUCCC